CGCACCCCAGAGCGUCACCUGGAGGGUCCCCGGCACCUGCCCCGAGCAUCCCUCGGAGCGGUCCGGGCUCCCCGAGCGUGGCCCGGCUCAUCCCCGAGCAUCCCUCGGAUCGGUGCGGGCGCCCCGAGCGUUCCCAGCUCAUCCCGGGCUCGCCUGGAGCAUCUCCCGCCUCGUCCCUGAGCAUCCAGCGGCUCUCCCUGGGCACUCCCCGGCUCAUCCCGAGCGCCCCCCGGCUCUCCCCGAGCAUCCCCGGCUCGUCCCAGCCCGGCCCCCCCGCUCCGGCCGCGUCUCCAAGGAAGAUGCUCAACGUUAUGGAUUUCUCCUGCCCGGAUCCUCUUUACUCCAAGUACGAAGAGAGCUGCGAGAUGAAAACCGGAGACCUGCAGGGCUUGGGGCAGCCUGAGCAGCAACUUCUGGCAGAGGCCGAUUUCCUCGGAGGUGAGCUGCUGGGUGUCCCCGGCAGCGGCGGGGCCGUGGAUUACUCCCUGCUGGGCAGCCAGCCCUCCCCUUCUCUCAGCUACACCGGCAGCUUCUUCAUCAAGGCGGUCCCGGAGCACCCGCAGGACCAGGAAUCCCUCUUCAACCUGAUGUCGGGCAUUCUGGGCAUCUCCCCCUUCGCCUCCUCCGAGGGCCACCAGAGGCACCUGGACGCUCUUUACCCCUGUCCCGAGGUGGCUCCGAGCCAGCUGGACCUGUACUCGUCGUGCCAGCCCGAGAUGAGCGGGUCCAGCCCGGCCCCGUUCCCGGAGCCGGGCUACGGCGCCUUCCCCGCGGCCGAGGGGGCUCAGCCCCUGCCGGGAAACACCUCCCAGUGCUUCUUCCAGCCCAAGCUCCUGGACAGCAAGCAGGACAUCAAGCUGUCCUCCGGCUCCCCGCCCCUGGACAAGUUCAAAGGCACCUGUGCCCAGUGGGAGCCCCUCUCCCAGCAGCACCAGGCCUACCUGCCCGCCGGCUUCCACUCCCCCGAAGGCUUCCCGGCCACCGAGAGCCAGGGGCUGUUCCCCCCGCUGGGCUCCAAGAUGGAGAGCGCCUUGUCCGUCAGCUGCCAGCCGGAGCUCGGCAGCCUGGCAGAGGACGCCGCCUGCUUUGGAACCCAUCUGGGCUUCGGCUGCGAGCCAGAGAACUUCCCGGCCCGCGGGGACUUCGCCGACGGCAAGAUCCACGCCCUCCCCGGGCCAUUGAUGCCGGACUUCGACGCCUCUCUGGCCCAGCCCGAGGUCCUGCCGGGCCUGCUGAGCUCCGCCGAGCUCCUCCAUCCUCACCCCUCUCCUUCCGUGCCCCCCGCGGAGUUCCUGGGCCACGCCGCGGCCCCCUCGCUGCCCUCCCUGCUGCCCGCCACCCCUCCCGCGCUGGCCGAGCCCAAGAAGAAGGCGCGGCGCAGCAAGUGCUCCUCCAAGUGCUUCUGCCCCAAGCCCCACGAGAAGGCGUUCGCCUGCCCGGUGGAGAACUGCAUCCGCAGCUUCGCCCGCUCCGACGAGCUCAACCGGCACCUGCGCAUCCACACGGGCCACAAGCCCUUCCAGUGCCGCAUCUGCCUGCGCAACUUCAGCCGCAGCGACCACCUCACCACGCACAUCCGCACGCACACGGGCGAGAAGCCCUUCUCCUGCGACACCUGCGGCCGCCGCUUCGCCCGCUCGGACGAGAAGAAGCGGCACAGCAAGGUGCACCUCAAGCAGAAAGCGCGGAGCGAGGAGAAGCUCAAGGGCUUGGGCUUCUUCUCCGUGGGGCUCUCCUUCGGCACCCUCUGAGCCCGCGGCCCGAGCGAGGCCAGGCGG